AUGACAUCCUGCACUUCUUCGGAGUACACACCGUAUCAAAGACCCAAACAUGGAUUAAUUCAAACAUCCAGUAGUAAUAGCACCGAGCAUGUGAGUUCGAGCAAUACAGAUAUCAACAGCCAGUCCAUUACGACAUUUAGACCGUCAACCUCCACGGCUCAGAGGAAAUCCAAGUUUCUGAGCCUCAUUAGGUAUAUUGGUAACGCCAUCGCAACUUUACAAAGCACUUCUGGGUUUUCUUCACUGCCUACGGCUGUCAUCUCCCAAAUAGACGGUGAAACAUCCGAGUUUCUCGGGAGAGGAAAAACAUUCCAUGUCUCACGUCUUCCCCUGCCGGCAACACUUGAAUUGAAGAAUUCGUGGCCGAAAAGGCUGGUCAUCCGGCCACCAGUUGGUGAUCUGUUACUGAGAACUUACCACGCUAACCCAAUCACAUGUAAGAGACCCAUGAUCGAGUUUGAUAGUUGCGGAAAUCCAAAGCAAGGCGCAGUCGAAGGCAGGUUGGAGGCAGUAAUCCUUGAGGUCUGGGUCUUGACCCAUCCGCCGAUCUAUUUCCAUAAAAACAUUGUCGACUUUCUAGGAAUCAGUUGGCAGUGUGAGCUGCCGGAGGUUGAGCCUGGGCAAACAGUUCUUCCACCCAAGCGAGUGCCUGUCAUACUCCUCGAAUAUGCAAAGCAUGGAUCUUUGGAAGCUUUCAUGCAAACCCCUUUCCUUUGUCGGAACAUUGCGGAGGGUCUUGCAGUUCUCCACAAACACCGCGUUGUACACGGAGACAUAAAGCCUGACAAUAUUUUGAUAUUCGAGGCCGAUGAGAAGGAUACUAGUGUUGCGAAGGCCUUUGGGCUACGAGCGAAGCUUACAGACUUUGGGUUCAGCGUUGGGCUUUCGGUGUGCGACGGUACAGAUAGGUUCAGUUUGAAAGGACUCUGGACUUUACUUGCGAAAAAGGAUAUUGGGGCGCUGUUUGGCUUGGAGGGGAAGGAUUAUCAUAGAAGUAAUCCAGAAAUCAGAGAGGAGGCUGAAAGACUGAAGGAUUGGACGUUAAGCUCGAAUGCGUCUACUUAUUUUAAACAUGGCGGCAAGAUGAUCGAAACAUUGGUUCAAUCCCUAUUCCGAUGCUCACUGGAACCAGAUGCGAAUAGGCGAGGGUCGAUGGAGGAUAUUCUGCGAAUCUGGGAUACAUGGUUCGUUGGUAACGAUUCUUAUGUCUCCAUUCCCCCAGGCAUCACUCUCCGUCCCGAGUUAGGUCUUCAACGUAUCGAAACUGUUUCGUUCCAACGCAUCGUCGUUGAGGCGAAGCGUCUCAUAGACGAGUGUGCAUCCACGCACCCUCCCGUGGCGAUAUUUCAACCAAUGUUCUUUGAUAUGAAUGAAUGCAGGAGUUUUACAUCCGCCUCCAAAGGCGAGUGCACAGAAUAUGAGCAGCAGGCAUUCAAAGGUCUUAUGACUAUGGCACGUACAACAAACAGCUACGAGGUCUUCCAACAACUUAUGCGAUACUUCCCGAUGCCGAAAAAUGCUUCGUACAGUCGCCUUCGCAGUAUAAAUCAUAGAAUACACUUAUAUGGCAUCCCAGAAUUUACUUAUCCAGAUGCACUUUCCCAAGAAAAGGAUAAACUUGUAGCUGGACAGAUGGCUGAUAUCGAGAGAUUUCACAGGACAGCAAAGGUUUUGGCCUUAGGUCACAGCGCGUUUCAUUAUGCGGUUUCUUCCGACUUUGCAGAGGCUGUUGACCUGAUUUUACAGAUGGAGGGAUUUCGGACGGAGUUCCUCGAGUUCAAAGACGCCCUUGGAUUUACACCUCUCCUAUCGGCAUGCCGGCUAGGGAACUUCAGGAUCGCGAAACUUCUUAUUGGUGCCGGGGCAAAUGUCACAGCAAGGACCAGGUAUGGCGAAACUAUCUUACACUUCCUUUGCGAGUUCGACAACCCGGAUGAGAUGAGUGAGAUUGCGGAUGUGAUUAUGGCUCGCGAUCGGGGUGCCCUGUGUAUAGACUCAACAAGCGAGAUGCAAGAAUACCUUCUUGGGUGCGGCGUUGGUAAAGAGGCUGAUGGAAGUUAUCCUGAUGUAUUGACUAAUACGGUCGGUGCGGGUAAGCUGAUGGACGCUUCGACCUUACUGGCUGCGGGAGUUUCUAUCGACGAAUUGACAACUAAAGGCGGGGGCUGGACUACGCUUGGAUUGAUUGUACGAACAUGUGCGUACAACUCUGUAGCGCUUUAUGGCAUUACCGAUCUCUUUGGGUUGUCUGUGUUGCACGUAGCUGCACUUAUUCCUUUCACCACUCCUUUCUACGAUCGCAUAAUCUUAUCAAAUGUUGUCGACUAUCUUCUCGACAAGUUUUGCUCCCCUGAACACCUCAACGCCCAGGAUAAGGACGGGUGCACACCCCUUCAUGUUGCUACUCUAAAUGGAAAUUGUAUACUCAUCCGAAGACUACUGGCAUUCGACACAAUUGACACCACGAUCAGAGCACAUGAUGGAGCGUCCAUAUACGAUUGUGCUCUACACUAUGAAUCUACGGGCGUUCCUGAGUUCAUAUCUAACAUGGGGGCUCGGGCUGUGAAAGGUUACACCGACGAUAUGCGUGAUACAAUGGCCCUACUACACCCCUUGAGAGGGUAUUGA